CUACCAAUAUUAAAAGAGAUAUUAAAGAGGCCUGAUAUUGACGGAGACCAACCACGAGUACUAUAAAUACAAGUGGAAGAAGAAGAGUGGAUGCAUGCAUAAUUAUCAGCAAGGAAGAGAUAGAAAACCCUGAGUGUUGGGAACAAAGAGGGAGAAUUUAGUGCUCGAUCUCAAGCAAUACAAGAAAAGAAACUCGAGGGGUGGAAAAGAUCAUGGCCUGUCCCGCAAGUCGUGAUUCCAUUGAAAAUGAAGCUGAAUGCGAGGAUUUUGUCAUUCACAUUUUACCGGACCUGCCCCGUGAGGGGUGGCUAAAGGAUACUGUCAUUUACAUUCCACCGGAGCUGCCCCCAGCGGAGUGGCCAGAAUGCUGUAUCUAUAGGGUUCCCAAGAAACUGCGCAAGGUAAAGGAAGAAGCCUAUACCCCUAAGUUAGUCUCAAUAGGCCCUUUUCAUUACGGCCGAGAAGAAUUGAGAGACAUGCAAAUGCACAAACUGAGAUAUUUUAUGGAUUUCUGUCGUAAUCGGACCUCGGAGAGCCAGAAGAGUCUUCUAAAGAUCAUUGAAGAGGAUGAAAAAAAAAUCCGUCAUUGCUAUUCAGAAGAGUUUAGAAACAGUAGUAUUGAUUUUGUGAAAAUGAUUCUAUUGGAUGCCAUCUUCAUAAUUGAGCUCUUCUUAAAAACCAAUCAAAAAAUACAAAAAAAAGAAGAAGAAUGUGAUUACAUAUUAAGGAAACCAUUGCUUGGAAAUGGUAUACUACAUGACUUGAUAUUACUUGAGAACCAACUUCCGUUUUUUGUUCUUGAGAAAUUGUAUAGGUCGACCUGCAAUGACAACCAUCUUUCCUUUCUCGAUCUUUUCUGCGAUUACUUUACUCACUAUAAGUGGGCAAAUUACUCAUUUAAAAGCGAGGAAGAAAAGCAGAAAGCAAAGGAGAAAGUAAAGCAGCAAGUAAAGGAGAAAGCAAAGCCGAAAGCAGAGCAGAAAGCGGAAAGCGAAAAGCGGAAAGCCGAAAGCGAGGAAGAAAGGCAGCAAGUAAAUCAUUUCACAGAUUUGGUAAGACUUUUGUACUGUCCAUCAAACAUGGAAGACCGGAGCAGUGAAGAAGCAGGAAGGCCGGAUACUCGAUUUUGUGCCACAAAGCUUGAUGACGCAGGAUUUAAUUUCAAAGGAGUUGAAGAUCAUUCCAGACCCUUACUUGAUAUAAAAUUCCCUUGGGGCUCUGGAAGGCUUCCGCGCUUAUGCUUCAGUUGUUGCUUACCAUGCCUUAUAUGUUGUCCGUGCCUGGUAUACUUAUUUCGGGUAACACUCCGUCUCGGUGGGUCCUUGGAAGUCACGCAACUUGUGAUAGACUAUGAGACUCAAGUUAUUUUCCGAAACCUCAUGGCCUUAGAGCAAUGUCAUUAUCCAUCUGAAGCUUACAUCUGCAGUUAUGUUUGGCUCUUGGACCGUCUUAUCAACACUGAACACGAUGUGGAUUUGCUUGUUAAGAAGAAAGUCAUUUCUAACAACCUUGGUAACAAUGCUGCAGUGGCAACUCUAAUUAACGAACUCAGCAAUCAGAUUGUGGCAACUACAUCCACUUACAAUGGGAUUGCUCGUAGCCUUAAUGUUCACUAUGAGGACUCUUUGCCCCAUUUAUUGGCUACCCUGAAAAGACAGUAUUUCCCCAAUAUUUUUAGAGGCACAGCAACUAUUAUUGGACUUAUUGUCCUGGGCUUCACUCUCUGGAAUUUUAUUAAGGAUUUGUAGAUUUGAAGUAUGUAUGGUUUAAUUAGUGAUGGUUGUAGUGCUUUGCUUUCAGUUGCAGUAGAUGCAUGACAUCUGUAGUCCUGUUUAGCUUGUGAUAUCCACCCCAUCUUAAUUAAUAGCUUGUAUAGUCAACUUUGAAAGUGGUUUAUAAAGAUGUGGGAAGUCUGUGUUUUUGCAUCCAUGCA